AUGGAAACUUCUAAACAGACUUGCAUUGUAUUAGAUGAUGAAUAUAAAGAUGACAAUGUGGAUCUCAAAUUAUCAUAUCCAGCUAAUUACUUCAAUAAUAUCGAGAACUCUGGCUUAUCACAUAUAAAUGAAAAUGGAAUAUCCGAUGGUUAUGCAGAAAUAUAUUCCCCCACUGGUAGUAUAUCUAGUUCAGAAUCUGUAGAAAUUCCGUAUGAUAUUCCUGAUAGUCAAAAGUUUCAUGAUCUCGGUGCAUAUUUAAACUCAGUUGUUGUUGCUGCUUGUAAGAAUGAAUCCUUAAAUCCCAUAAAGCCCUGUUCACAGUUAUCACAAAAAGAAACUGCAUAUAUAACCAAUCUAGAAUUAACCGAGUCGGAUAUUGACAUGGUACAUAAUGCACCUACCAAUACAGACCAUACAGAUAUGUCGAAUGUGAUGGAAAUAAAUAACAAACAUAACAUUCCUUCAUCUCCUCUUCCUCAGAAGUAUUCAGCACAAACUCUGACGUCAGAUUUAUCUAAAGACUCCCAUACUGAUAAAAACUUUGUAGAGGAGUUUGCUGAUUUUAUGAGUGAUGGUCCGGUUGAUGAAGAUUGGGCUAUCUUUUCACCCGAAGUACAUAAAGACGUAGUUGACGUAAUAGAUGAUAAGCCUUCUGUAACAAAUUCUCGGAAUUCUUUGGAAUCAGAUGAUAGUGAAGACUUUGGAGACUUCACUAAUUUUACACCAACCAUUUUUUCUGCCGCGACAACUACUGUAAAUAUUCUGAAUAACGUUGAACCUCUAAAAGGCAAACAAGCACCUACUCCUAGUAUUUUGGAACGCUUAUUGCAGAAAUUGGAGCCAUCAUUGGAUAAAGCUUUUGGACUUCAUUUCAAUCACCAGACUGAUGAAAAUUUAAAUUUGUCAAUAGAAACCCUUGAAAUCAGUCGACUUUACACAAAUAUCAAUAAAUCUGUUCAUACAUCAUCAAAUAAAGUUUCGACUUCGUUAGACUCUGGAUCAAGCAAAGUUAAUAAACGUAUCUGGAGUCGGCUAUGCAACCCUGAUCGACUUCCUGAAAUAAAUCAACAAUGGUGGAAAUCUCCCAUUUUCAUGACAUAUUUGAAUGCUAUUAAUGUGAAUCCCCAACAUGCAAUUCCUGCAUUCGCUAGUCAGCUUCGUCUACUGGAACCAGUUCGGUUGAAUAGUCAGGAUUUGCAUAAGAAUAUCACAUUAAAUGACAGUUCCAUUAGUCAAGAAAAUCAUGCAAAUGUUUUGUUGCCGACAGAUGAUUCCAAUGACAAAUCUCCAUCUAAUAGUUUAACGCAUAAUACUAACUGCAACAAUACAGAUAGUAAAAUAAAUCAAGUUCUGGAUUUGGACUUUUUUGAAACACGUGAAACUCAAAAUAAACCUAAUCUUCACACAAAUGGGAAGGUUAAGCAUUCUGAAUUAUCAGAUUUGGAAGCUGAACUAUCAGUUUUCACUAUUCCUCCACCGAUAACAACAAUAAAACCACCCCAAUUAUUAGUACAAGCUGAUUUGAAAUUGUUAGAAAUCAAUAAGCGUUCUAAAUUAAGUGAAUCUGUUCGUUCCACUUUAAAUCGUUUACCAAUGAUCAGCUAUAUGCGUUCAAAACGUCUUAUGUUUCCUGUGCAGCAACAGACUCAAGAUUAA